AUGGCUCUGCGAAGAUCUGGAGGCCAGCUCUGCAAGAGCAUUUCACAGGCCAGUUCGCAUCGACUUGCGCUACCCCAAAUCGCUACUCAGAAGCGAUAUCUGGCCACUCCCGUCCAUCCUGUCACUCAAGAUGCUACUGGAUCGAAGGGCCCUACGGCUAUGGUCUUCCUCAACAUGGGAGGACCUUCGACUACCGAUGAGGUUGGCGCCUUUUUGAGCCGUCUUUUUGCCGACGGCGAUCUAAUUCCUCUCGGCCCUCUACAAAAUUAUCUUGGUCCAUUGAUUUCGAAGAGGCGAACACCCAAAAUCAUCAAGCAAUACUCUGCCAUCGGUGGAGGGUCACCAAUUCGAAAGUGGUCUGAAUACCAAAACGCCGAGAUGUGUAAGAUCUUGGAUAAGAUCUCCCCGGAGACUGCGCCUCACAAGCCCUACGUCGCUUUUCGGUACGCGGACCCAUUAACCGAGGAAAUGUACGAGCAGCUGUUGAAGGACGGCUUUGGAAAUGGAAAAGGUGGCCGCGCUGUCGCAUUCACACAAUAUCCUCAGUACUCGUGCUCAACAACAGGUAGUAGCUUGAACGAGCUAUGGAAGUGGAGGCACCGGCUUGAAGGCAAGACCAACAAGGAGUCCGGUGACGGUACCAUUACCUGGAGUGUAAUCGAUCGCUGGCCUAACCACAGUGGAUUGGUCGAGGCUUUUGCCCAAAACAUCGAGGCCAAGCUUGCGGAAUACCCUGAAGAGCGAAGAAAGGAUGUUGUGCUGCUCUUCUCUGCGCAUAGCCUGCCCAUGUCUGUCGUUAACCGAGGUGAUCCUUACCCUGCUGAAGUUGCAGCCACUGUCUACGCUGUCAUGCAGCGCCUCGGUUUCUCCAACCCAUACCGACUGUGCUGGCAGUCUCAGGUCGGUCCUUCGGCCUGGUUAGGACCUCAAACCUCGGACAGUGUAGAGCACUACAUAUCCAAGGGUCAGAAGGAUCUGGUGCUCAUCCCCAUCGCUUUCACAUCCGACCAUAUUGAGACUCUAUAUGAGUUGGAUCAAGAAGUCAUCGGCGACAGUGGUCACCCCGAAACUGUCAAGCGGGUUGAGUCCCUGAACGGCAGUCCUGUCUUUAUUCGAGCUCUCGCCGACAUUGCCAAGGAGCACCUGGCAGCAGGUCAGGCUUGCUCGAAGCAGAUGGGUCUUCGAUGUCCUGGGUGUAAGAGCGAGAGAUGUGCGGAGUCGAAACGAUUCUUUGCAAGCCAGCAGGCUGGCCUCGCUUGA